UUUCAAAAUGGCGGCCGAACACUUGUAGGAAGUGUAAAAAUUUACUUGUCAAAUUUUCCUUAUCAGAGAUAAAGAACUUAUUGCAAGAGAAAGGAUUGUCCUAGAAAAAAUCUUUGUAUUGCAAUGUAAUCCGAACACUUGUCAAGAACAGCGAUCUCGCUUGUGACUACGUAGGAAGGACGUCUGCAAGAGCUUGUCAACACGUGCUAAAGUUUUUCGGAAGAAGCGAAAUAUGAGUAAGAAAUCAGCAGGCCGUAGGAGGAAUGCAGUUCCUACAGUGGAGCAAAUUUCUUCAGAUCGGAUCACCAAGGUACAGUAAAAUAUGAUUUUGGAUUACAGUUCUGAAGGAACGAGUUUGAAAUUGUAAGCAUCAUCCAGCUGUGUUUACGUUGCUGAUUCUUUUUCAGCUGAGUCUUUCUUUCUUUCAAGAGUUUUUUUUUAAGGAAAGAUGCACACUUAAAAAUAUUUAAUAGUACCUGCGUGGUUCCUUUGAGUUGGUGUGAAGAUCUACGUACAGUGGACAUGUCGGAUUGUCACCAGUUUGUUUCUCCAGACACAAAAGGACAAGCAAAUUAUUUCUUUGCACGCAUAAUUCAUGUCUGGUUGUUUGACAAAGUUCGCAUAGUUAAAAUAUUUUUUCUUUUGAGAGUUAUAUGGAGAUAAUGAAGGAGAGAAAAGGUGCCGUGAUUCCAACAUAACUCCAGUAUGGCUUGAUAAAAGAGAGAAAAUACAAUGAAUUGUCGUUGAUUAUGUAGAGUAUGCGUGUGAGAGAGCACUACAUUGAAUAGUUUAUGGUGAUUUCUUGUUUUUUUUUUGUUUGUUUUACAGCUUGCAAGUCAGUACUGGGCUCCUGGAGAAAGCAAGAAACCCUUCAAUCCACAGGUACAAACUAGGUCUAUAUAAAGAAGGGAAGAAAGGGUUUUUUUUCUGUGAUAAGCACAUGUUAAAAGAAGCUAUUAAUGGGGGCAGCUACCUCUCUGAUGAAAGAAAAUUUAAUAAAUUUUAAAAUUGAAUAAACAGAAGUACAUGUAAUCCACUUGACAAUACAAAAUGUAGUGCACAUUUCUUUGUAUUAAGAGAGGUAAGAUAACUGUAAAGAGAAUGAUUUUGUUCUUUGCGUGGAAAAGGGUACACAGUGUCCUAUCUCCUGUUCAUUUUACCAGAGAAAUGAUGACUUGUUAUUUUGUUUGUGUACAGAUUGUUGAUGACAUUUAUAGAGAUGAAAUUAAAGGCAGCAAGUAAGUACUGGUCUUAUUGAGCAUUGAGAUCAAGAGGGAGUACGUGUAUUGCUUUCUUUCUCAAUUAAACAUAAUUUUGUUGUUUUGCACUCUCUUAUUGAUCAAUCAGAGUUUUUGCUUCUCCUUUAAAGAAAAAAAAUAAUAUGGUGUGUCUGAUUAAAUGUUUUAAUAAGCUCAAUUGAACUGAAAGAACAUAUGGUGAUUAUGUCUAUGUUCUGAAUAGGUUUUCUGUGAAGCGUGCUAUGCUGUUAGAGUUCAGCCAAUACUUGGAAAAUUAUUUGUGGCCCAACUUCAAUGCAGCUAAGGUUUGUAAACAUACAAAAAAAAGGCAAUUUUGAGAAUUGUUGAUGUUGUCUCUUUUCUUUAUGCUCAGACAGUGAAUCUUGAGAGGGAGUGGAAUUUGAGAGUCAUGUAUACUCAGAUACAUUGUUUUGUCUUACAGUGUAGCUGUGAAUAAUCUCAAUUUUCAAGUUAUUUCAACUGUGAUUUCUUCCAGGCUUCUGUUGAGUAUGUCAUGUCUGUCAUUGUGAUGGUGAAUGAAAAGUUUAGGGAAGGUGUACCACCAUGGGAGGUAAGAAUAUCAAAUAUCCAUUAUAUGUAUGUUUGACUAGAGGGAAACCUGGCUGCUUGGUGGUUAGAGCACUGAACUGGAGAAUGGAAGGUUCAAGUUCUUGAAGCUGUGAUUUGCUCUUCAACAAGAUGCUAACUAUAAAGUUACUGUCACUGUGCCUCUCUUCAUUCAGAAGUUUUAACAGGUGCUCCAAAACUGUCAAGGAAAAAUAUGUUGGUUUUAUUGGUAGGAAGGGAAGGGGGGACAUGGAUUUUAAAUGAACAAUGCAUCUCCAUCCUUGGAACUGAUUUAUUUAGUUUAGGUUCUUCCUUGCUGGUUACGCUUUAGAUCGCCGAUAGUGACUUACUUCUCAUUACAAUAUAACCCUUGAAUUAUGCAUUAAGAUAAUAAGAAUAAAGGAAAAGGAUGGCUAAAGAUGUUUUUGAUGAACAAAUUCCUGUCAGAGAAAAUAUGUCAAUUAUACUGAUGUCAGGGUGUAAAGGUUAAGCUUAUGGUACAAAGUCUGUCAUAAAACAUUACUUGACCUUAGAAGUAUAAUUAAAAAAUGUUUUGAUAAUAGGUAUUUUGAUAAAUAUGCUUGAUACCUAACAAGUCACUUUUUAUUCUUAUUUGUAGUCAUUCAAACAAAAUCCAGAGGAGUUCCAUGGAUUUUUCCAACGCAUCAUGGAAAUCAGCUUGGCUGAUGAAGAUGUAUGUCAAAUAUUCAUAGAAAAUCAAGGAGACUUAAAGAUAUAUUUAUUUAGUACAGUAACUUAAAUAAAUGGUACAGAAAUGUAAACUGAAGAUUUCAUCACAGAUAAUUCUUGAACUUUUUAAUUUAAACAGUAUGCAGGCAAUGUCUAGUUAUAGCAAAAAUUUACCAUUUGACCUGUAAGAGUGACUAGCAUCCAAGUUCUCCUUACAAAAUGACCCCUGAAUCAAACAUGAAGGUCAUGAGAAUAAAGGAAUUGAUCAUCAACCAAAGAAGUUCUUGAUUGUUAAACAAAUUCUUCACGUCAGCUCCUUAGGAAAUGUAUAUAGAACAAUAUGGAAAGUUCAAAGAAAAUGACGCAAUAAUUUUCAUUCAAUUCCAGAUGGUGACAAUUAAGGAGCAGUCUAUUGUCUUGACGUUUUUGAUUCAUUGUUUCAACAGUCUGGUAUGUCAGAUCUUUCUCAAUGACUUGAGCUUACCUACAGAUAUCUUACAUUGAUUAAUGUUAUUGUUAAAAAUGAAUUCCUUUUCUACACUGUGUUGGAACUAUCAGGCCUCAAGUUAGUUAAUUUUAAGCAAUAAAAUGUUGUGAUUUCAACAUUUUCAUGAACAUGUAACUUUGUUUUAUAGGAAAUGGAUCUCAUCAGAGAACAACUGCAGCACUUGGUGUCUCUGUCUAUGUGGAUUUCUCUUCUUCCGGUAUGUUUUGUUUACUCUGGUUUAGUGUACCAAGAAGUCUGGUAUCAUUGACAAUUUGAGAGUGGUAAAUAGCAAGUUCUAGUAGUUAUAAGAUUUAAAUUCACUUAUUGAAUAAAUCAAGCUGGCUGCACCCUUAGUUGAUGACCGAUGUACACAGUGCAAGUGUAACUCAGGGAUCAGUUUCACCAAAUGCCAGUUCCUUUUAAAUAAGGACUCAUACACCUCUGAGUUUAAGAACAAAAAUUGAACAUUUGGUAUAUAUAUUUAAUGAAACUAUUUUGAGAUACAACAAGACAGUGUAUCUACUAAUUGGAAACCUGCACAGGGUAUUAUCUGAAGGUUACCACCAAACUUUCAAUGUAUAUAUAUGAAUCUAUCCUUGGAAUCCUGGACUCAUCAGAGUAUGAUUACUCCUCACUAUUUUGCCAAUAAUUUUUAGCCAACAGAUAAUGAGAAUAAGGAAAAUAUCAGUUAAGGCCGAUGCUGUUUGGAUUUAAGACUGAAUUCUCAGCACUAUCUAAUAAAGAAAUGUACUGUCAGUGGUUGUAAGAAUUCAGUUUUGAUCAUUAGAGUUGAAGGUUAAUGUGUGCUGGGUUUGUUUCUGUUAAAGGAACGUCUGCAACAAGAAUUGAAGAAUGUGCCCAAGAAAUAUAGGAAAUACUGGGAACACCUGAAAAAGAAAGAGACCCAGGCAGAUGAAGAAACCAAGAAAAAGUGAGUGCUACAAAUAUGGAUCUCUUUCCCUGAAUAUGUCACUGUUAGUUAUUGACAGACAGAGCACUAGAUUCAAGACAAUGUUUAUGUGAACUGCAUGCAGAAAGACCUGAACUUUUGCAGUCCUGCUUUUGUUGAGUUUUUUUUUUGUUGUUGCAGUAAAUGUGCAAGUACUUGGAUGCGAUGAAAAAAAGGGGAUACCCUCUCUAGAUAGAUUUAAUUGUCAAAUCUCUUAGCUUUGAGAAAAGCACAUUGAGACAAGAAUGGAUUUUGUGGUUCAAAUUUCAAUAAGUAUGCCUAACUUUAGAGCACAAUUUCUCUACCACACAAAUUAUACUCAUUCACAAUUUAAGAUGUUUAUUGUUAGAAAUACAUGUACAUAACAUUUUUCACUUUUGGGCUCAGGAUUACAGUGUUAAUUGUGCUUGUUAUCAUCUUUUUUAUUAUUAUUCUUUUAGACAAGAGAAAGAAAGAAAAUAUUUAUCAAACCUUGUUCAGAAGUUUGUGAAAAUCUUACAGUCAAUUCCAGAGUUAGGUAAGUUAUUAUAGGCUGAUCUCAUCUUCGUAUAAACAAAAAAUAAAAUUUAAAGACCUCAUCAUGAACCAAUGUUGCUAGUAGUAAAUCAUGUUUGUACAAAAACACCUUCAAGUCCUUUUCUUUAGACUGUCACUGAUUUUAAUCAGUUGCCAGCUAUUUUAGGCAGCUUCAGCUCAAAUUUUUCUUGCAUUUUUUUCAGAGAAAGGUGUGUGGGUGUGUGGGUGGGGGGGAUAGUAACAGGGCAGGAGGGUUUUAGGGAGAGGGGGGCAGAAGGGACUGCAACCAUCAGGUACAUCCAUCGGUAGGAGAAUGGUUUUAGAGCUAGCUACUCAGAUGAAAUGCAUAUAACCACAUUUCUAACCAAUUCUUGCUUAUCACUGUCUUUGCUUUGUGAAAUCAGAGCAUGUUCUGUGUACUGAUUAAAAAGCAAAUUAAGGAAUUUUUUUCAAACAUUUCCAGGCUCUGUGGAUAUGGAUAAGGUUCACUAUUGUGAAAGGUUCCUUGAACUCUUGGUUGACUUAGAGGUAGGAAAUAAUUAAUAGCAUUAUAAUUUUUGUUCAACUUACAGUUAUUGUGUUCCAGAAAUUCACAUUUUGGAAACAUUUCUGCUUUUUUCUUUUGUAAACUGUUGUUCCUUCUCUAACAGUGGUGUUGGACAGGUAUGAAACUUUUAGAAUGACCAAAACUUACUGAUCUUGAUUGAUCUCAACAAUUUUGUUUCAAUAGGCAUUGUUACCAACUAGGAGAUUUUUCAAUACAUUAGUGGAUGAUCACCAUUUAGUGGUAAGAUUAAUUACAACAUGCUUUUCCAUGCCAGUGUAUAUUUUUAAGAUAAUUUUCUUGUGUUGAAAAUUAUUAAACCCAGUUUAGUAUUUAUUUCCUGAUUCAAAAAAUAACAAGUGAGGGCAGGUAUACUUUUAAACCAUGACACAUAGCCAGACAGAGUAGUUUGAUUUUUAUUUCUCCUUAUUCUGGAAUUUUUUCAUAACCCACAAAGAAAAAUACCGUACAUUCAGAAUUAGCAACACACAUAGACAUCAAUUCACCUGAAUACCAUGUACAUGCAUACCUGAAACAUAAUAAAUUUUGUACAUCAUGAUUCAAAUUUGUAAUUAACUAUGUAAUCUUGUCAUUUAUGGUAACAUUAAAACCUGUGCACUUGAUUAUAUUUCAGGUUAAGUGCCACCUUUCUGGUCUUGUAAGAAGAGAGUCAGAGGGAAGAUUAUUCAAACAAGUACGGGAAUGCUAAAGGCUUUUAAGAGUAGAGCUAGAAUGCUGUUUCCUUGAUUAACCCUGUUAACUUUUUCUCAGUGUUUCAUAGAAAAAUGUGGCAGAGGAAGAAUUGUGUAGAAGAGCAAAGAAAUAUUUCCUGGGUGGCAGAAUUAUGACAAAAUAGCUUAAAUCAUUAAAAUUGAGGCAGAUAAUUAUAAUUUGUUAUAACCAUAAAAUUUUCUGAUCUGCAAUGCUUCACAAACACCCUCUCCUCUCCCAACAGUUGUUGGAUAUGCUGAAGUUUUACACUGGUUUUGAGAUAAAUGAUGUUACAGGUAUGUCAAUGGACAAAAAAAAUUGUUAUUAAUGAUAAUGUUUCAUGGUAAUUUACUAUACUGUGUAGUAAAUGUUUCAAAAACAUUUAAUGAAAAUUUGUAAUGUGUAUAGGCUGUAUCUAAGAUUAUGAAUGCUUACCUGCAAAGCAACUUUUAUGCCUUCUCUUUUAGUUAAGUUUUUACAGAUAUUUCAUUUUGAUGCUUUUUCCACAGGUAUGGCUCUGACAGAUCAUGAGAUGGUUGACAUUCAUUACAACAAAAUGGCUUCAUUGCAGGUACAUAUUAUUGUUUUCUCAAUUUCUGGGUUAAUCUAGGCAUAGAUCAGACCUCCUAGGACAUGAUUAAUGAAAUUAUGUUUCACCUUUUUUUUCCAUUUAUAGCGAGCAGUGUUCAAGUAUUUUCCAGAGCUUCAUGAUUUCGCAAUGAGUAACAUUGCCAGCAUUGAUACAAGGGAAGCUCUUCUGCAACAUUUUGGAUCUUUGUCGUAAGUUCUUUGUUUGUUUGGUUUAUUCCUAGCUACCUUAAAAUUCCAUUUGGAGAGCCACAAGUAUGUUAUGAAGACUAUACCAUUAACAAAAAUCCUGUCCUUGUAUUUUGUUGUUGUUUUUUUCUUAGAAAUAAAACACUUCAUGAGGUAGCAGCAUAUUUGAAGCUGUUGCCUUCCCCAGAUGAUGUGGGAGUAGAGAGUAACAGAGAGUUUCUUCUAGAGAUGUUGGUAAGAUUGCCUUGUAAUAAAAAAUACUGCAUUUUAUUUUUUGUUGCUUAGGAUCCUUUAACAUUAAAUAUCAUACAACAUAUCACAUAAUUAAAAAUUUGGUAGUACAUGGCCAGCGGAUGGGCCAGAUCACUGGCGGCUGUUCAUGAGAUGAGCCCACACCUCUCCUGGGCAAACUGGAGAAACAAAGACUUCUCUACAGCUCAGUAAUAGCUAACUUAAGAUUUCUCCUCCCUAGUCGUAGCUACUUUAAAAUUUGAGAUGGAAAUAAAUGAGAUGAGUUUUGUUUCUUUCGAUAAUGACUGCUUCAAUAACACUCCUAACUUCUCUGCACAUUUCAAAGGUUUCUAGACAUGAGCGACGCCUUUCUCAAAUUGAUGCCAUAAAUGAAAUGCCUCUUUACCCUACAGAACAGGUAAAUGGCUUACUGUUUAUUUAUUUAGUAAAACCAGUUUGCAGUACUUAUCCCUGAGAAUGACCUGUAUUUCAUUUCUCCUCACUGUAUCACCCCUGGAACACACACUAAGGUCAUGAGAAUAAAGGAAAUGAUCACCAUCUUAAGAUAAGCACUUGACUGUUUCACAAAUUCUCCUUGUUAGUUCAAUCAUAAAUGUCUAGAGAACAGUAUGGAGAAUAUGCAAACUGAUGUCAGGGUGUAAAGGGUUAAGAAAUAAUCUUCUUUUUUUUUUUUUUUUUAAACAGAUUUUGUGGGAUGAAAAUAUUGUUCCAACAGAAUAUUAUUCAUCAGAAGGUAAUUGGUUGGGAGAUCUGUAGAGAUUGCAAUGAAAUUAUGAUGAAAUUGUUGGUAUUUUUUUAAAACUUUAAAUACUUUUUCUUUCACAGACACUCUUGCUCUUCCAAAGUUAAACUUGCAGUUUUUGACUCUCCAUGAUUAUCUGUUGCGUAACCUCAACCUCUUCAGGCUGGAAUCUACAUGUAAUGAAUUUUUUUUUUAAUAUUGUUUACAUGUACACUGUUUUGAUCAUUUAAUGGAAAAGUCACAUCAAAACCAUUCUGGAAUGUUAUUAUAUUAUGAUGAAUCCAAAAAGCUAAUAACCAUUGAAUGGCAAUUUUUUUUCAGCUAACUGAGGCACAGUAAUUGACAGAAGUUUGUGGCUGUAAAAGAUAUCUUUCUCACUGAUCUUGGUCCUAAAGGGGACUGGCCAUUAUACAAUGAAAAUUCCUUGAAUAUUUGACACUUUUUUCACUCCAAUUACUUUUCAUUGCUUUGAAAUGUUUUAUAUUUUUUUCAAUAUUAAUAUUUUUCAUUCUAUUGAUUUUCCUUGGUAUUUUUAAAGUUUACCUCUUUUGGGUGUGGGGAGGGGUGGUUUUUGUUACCUCAGAUGAAGCACUAUGUGAUGUUCAUGAAUUUUGUGUUUUCGUAUUUUGAUUUUGUGCUAAUUAAUCAUAUAUUGUUUUAUCGUAGAUGAGAUCCGUCAGGACAUGGAGGAUGUCAUAGCUAGAAUGAAACCCUGGUAUGUAGAAAUUUGGAUGUAAGCUUUUCGAGUCAAAACUUCAAAAGAAGAUACAAGUAAUGUCUUGUGGAUAAAGGACUUUUUUGUGAAGACGUUGUGACUGCAGAGUAAGACAUCAUGAUAGUGUGUCAGUCAACCAUAGAGAUACAUGUUGAAUCUUUAUAGUUUUAACAACAAAACUUUUAAACUUUGUAUACUUUGAUAUCGAUUGAAAAGAUGAUAUUUGUUGCCUUAAAUCAGUGACUAUGCAAGGGGCAGGGUUAGAGCUGUCUUCACGUUUCACGUUUCAUGUGCUGCUCACUUCCGGUUUAAUCGUGCAGCUGUUGUGUUGCAGAAAGUUGGAAAAGUCCUAUUUUUUAAAUAUUAUUCAUUCGUUUACUUUUUAGGCAAAACGAAAUGGAACAGACAGAGUUCGCUGGCUGGGCAAGAAUGGGCACAGUAAGCAACGAACAAAUAUUAUUCUUGUAAUAAUGUAGACAUUCUCAGGAAGAUGAGAAUUUAACAAGUUUUGAAUUUUUUUUCUUUGCAGAAAAUAAUCAAUUUCAGCGUGAUUGAGGUUUGUAGAAUGAACAUUAAAUUUUCUGACAGAAAUUAUACAUCCAGUUAAAUUAUAUGUGUAUGUUGUGUUAUUAUUCCACAGGUAUCUAAACCAAACAUUGGCGAGACUCGCCCGUCUCAGGUUAGAGCCGAUGUGACAAUUAACUUGAACAUGAGGGACAUUGUGAAAGGAGAAUGGGAAGGUACAUGACUUAAAUAAAGUUUGAUCGUUUUAUCAUCGUGUUGUAGGGGAAUGAAAACUUAGGGCGCGAAAGCGGUAGUUAUUAGGAAAUCUACCCACAAUUCGCUGUUUUUCGUGCGAGUGCCUUUUGACUCCUUUCCGCUAUGUCUAAAAUAGACAACGUGUGUGGUCGUGUUGGGUUUUUUCAGGUUGAUAAGUGGUUAAUACUGUUGGAGCCUUUCCCAGUGUCCUAAGCAUGAGGCGAUAAGGAGUUUAGAUGCUCUUAGUUGUCCCACGUUAUAUAACAGUCCUUGGUCGGUAGCCUGACGACAAGUCGGCAAGUUCGCCGGUAUCCAUUAAUACUCCUGCAGGUUGGAGAGUGACACUGUAAGAGUAAAGUGUCUUGCCAAUGACCAGGUUAAGGUUCGAACGCGGUUCUUUCAAACGAAAGUCCAGCUUAAUAACCACCUCAACACCACUUCGCCCAAAGUGCUUGCUCACUACCGACUAAAAUCUCUAUUAAUUGUUAUUUUAUUUCAGCGUUGAGGAAACAUGAUGUGGUGUUUUUGGUGACUGUGCGUCCAACCCAUCCCGGCCCAGUGAAGUAUGAUCGUUCGAAACCAUUCAGAGAGCAGGUAAUUUUGUAAGCAUUCUACACUCUGUGUCGCACUUUACCAAACCUAGGUACUUCUUUGUGCGUGUGUCGCAAUAUGUCACUACUUAUCAUCUUGAGAAAUUAUAACUUGCAACAAUUUCUAGUUAAAAACUAAGGGAACAAAAUGUGUGAUUUUACAUUCUUAGUGGCGCAGAUUACCAGAGAAAAUCCGACUAACAUUUAGAGUAUCGUUUGUGCCUUUCAGUUCGGAGUUGAUUAUGUACGUGGAGCCGAAAUUGAAGGGAUGUUGGAUGAACAAGGAAAAGUAAUCGAAGAAGGUAAGGUAUUUUAAUGCGAGGACUGUUAUUUUCCUUGAUCUGUGUUAGGCUGCCAAGUUGUUAUUGUUGCGUGUGGCAUUUUCGCGCAUAAAUAACAAGGGGAAAAAUCAGCAAGCGCGGAAAAUGUGUUUGUAAGAAAUUACACGGCACACAGACACCACAAACUGUUUAUUUAUUAUCUGACUGGUUUUUCCCUCAGGUCCUGAACCAAAGCCUGAAUUUAAAGGAGAAGACAGAACAUUUCGCUUGUGGUUGGACACGAACCAAUACCAGCAGGAUAUGGCGGAGACUGUCCAUGGCGCUGAGGUAACAAUCCUUUGGUCUCUCAGAAGGCAAACUCAUGUCUUUCGUCUCGAGAUUCUGCCGUUUUUGUCUAGUAAUUGGUUCGCCAUAUGAUGAGAGCAAUUUUCUAUUGAUUGUCUCAAGUAUUCCGGGAUUUUGUUGGGUUUACGCCUCAAUCUUUGUGGUUUCUUUAGAAAACUUGCGCUUCUCAAACGAUUAAGCAGCAUACAAAAUAGCAAUUUGCGCGCGUUUUAGUGUACAGGGCAAAUUUCUUUUAGGUCCUUUUGAUGUUCAGUUUUUCCUAAUUGGCUCUUGUGAUUGCUUUGGCCUUGGUGUCAAGACAUUCAGUCGUAAGGCCCUCCGCUUUGAAACAAUCUUAAGACAGUAGCAGUUAAGAGAAUGAGAAAGAUGGUAAGAGCUCGGUAAAGAAAUAGAGAAAGAUGUUUUUCGUCUUGUCGCGAGCGUGGGACAAGGAAAAAUUAUGAGUCACCAUAAAGAAUCGAAUCUCAGACCUUCAGAUUCAGCGCUACAAUGCUCAACCACUUAGCCACAAAGACUGGUGAGCUGGGCACAUUACGAAGUUAUAUAAGACAUGCAUCCUACAUGCUGAUUGGAUCAGCAAUGUCGAUAGCGUCAUGUAACAAAAGUAAUUUUGAUAGGUUGAGAAUGUAAUGUAACUGUUUGAUACUUAUCAUUCUGAGUUUUUUCUUUUUACCACUUUGUGUUAUUUCAGGAUGUAUAUGAAACUUUUAACAUUCUUUUGAGACGGAAACCGAAAGAAAACAACUUUAAGGUAGAUGUUGAUUAACAUUCUAAGUUCCUUAGUGGUUUUCACCUUUUCCCUGGUGUUACAUGUGAGAAAUUCGCCUUCAUCGUUUCUCCUGCCCUGACAAUUGAUCAUUUCAUUUAUUUUCACGACAUAGUCUCGGCCAUGAAUUCGUAUUGACUCGAAGUUUGAGUCUCGAACAUAUGCGUUUUCCAUGAUAGUUUUGUCGAAAAUUUGGUUUGAAAUUUAGGAGGACACAUUGUUAGUUUCUGUGAAAGAGAGUAUAUGUACUUUAGCGAAGGUGAGUUUCAAUUUCAAACUUAGCCCAACUCUUAACCAGAAGAGGAAUUUAACUACUGUACCUCCGGUGCCCUUUGACGUUUAACAUUCCACGAGAAAUGCCUCCUUUAAAAAAAAUUGAGUUAAUGGAAUGCUUAAGGUCAAAUCUUUUUGUCUUUUAUUUUGUUUGUGACUUACGUGAACUGUUCCGUUGAAAGGUUUGAUGAGAUUGACUUACGUGUAUUUUCGUGUGCUUUGCCACGUCUUUUCUAACAAAUUCAUUCUUGAACGUUAUUUCCUGCAGGCUGUUUUGGAGACUAUCCGUGAUCUAAUGAACACAGAAUGUAUUGUACCAGACUGGCUCCACGAUAUCUUCCUGGGAUAUGACGAUCCUGGUGCAGCUCAUUACAGCAGGUACAUUAAUAUCACAUGAAGUCAUUUUACUGGUUGUGUUCCUCUUGCGCUUUUGGACUUAGUGUUUGGUUUCUACGAGCAGUGGCAAUAACUCUUCAGUGUUGAAUUGAGCACAGAAAAACCAUUUUAAGCCAGGUAAUAGCGGCCAAUCAUAAGAGAGGGAGAAAAUUUAACAAGCCAAUGGAAACACAAUGCAAGCAUACGUAACCUCAUCAUUGAGAAAGCGCGGGAAAAAACGCGUACAACCGAAUCACGAUGAGGGUCGUUUUUCAAUUGGUUCAGAAGAUGACACGAGCUUUGCGCCAACGAAAGAGGAAGGCAGAUCAAUUUGGCAGAUCAAAUAACUUUCUUUUUAAUACUUGUUUCACACAGAAUGCCAAACCAGAUCCGACAACUGAAUUUCAACGACACAUUUCUUGACUUUGAGCACCUGAAAUCUUGCUUUCCCCAAUAUACAGUCAAGGUACGUCUAUGCAGUUUGAACUGUGAUAGUCUUUUCUACCAUUCUGCGCAACGCUUCAUUGUAAAACUAAACAAAACAUUCUUGCGUUAUUUUAUUUUCAGUGUACUACUGACGAUCCUGCAGAACGUGUCCCACCUUUCAAGUAAGACCCUUCGUCUGUCCUUAGUUUACAUUUCCAGUUCAUAUGUUUGCGCUUAAGUAGCGUCUUGAACUGUUAAAGUUUGACACGAAUGGUCGCCCAAAAAUUCGCCGUUUUAAGCAGGCUGCCUUGUUUAGUUUCUCUGUGUUCUUGCUUCAAAGAAUUUAAAAAAGGUAUAAUGCAUUUUCCCCAAAAAUUCCUCCUCAUUCCAGUUUAACUUUAAAAAAUUUAACUUACCGAAAAGUAUUAUGAUAGUAACUUCCAAACCCUUUUUUUUUCUGCCGGUAGGAUAACUUUUCCUGAGACAGCGUCUUCCAGUAAGAAACGGAAACACGAUGAAGAAGACCCUAAAGAAGUCAAGCAGGAGUUGUUGGUGGAGCCAUUUGUGGUUCCCAACCGAGGACCAUAUCCGUUUAAUCAGCCAAAAAAGUAAACACCUUUUGUUUCUUAUUGUUUCAAUUGCUGUGGUAAUUCCGACCCGUCUUAAACUUGGAGUAAAAAUCCUGCGUUGCCUGAGCACUGAGUUUGCUUUUGUUUGUUUGUUUUUAAGGAAACGUCGAAAUGGAGAUGGUUAUUUUCCAUUUUUCUUUCCUGUCUUCUUUUCACUGCAUUUGUUGAAGAUAGAGAAAUAAUAAUUCAAUCGUUACCCUUUUUUUGACAGGAAUGCUGUUCUUUUCACUCCAACCCAAGUAGAGGCCAUCAGAGCGGGCAUGCAGCCCGGGUUAACGAUGGUAAAUCAUAUGUGUUUCUUUCUGAUGUAGUACUCAUAAUUUUGUUCUGCAGUGAGGGACACGGAGGCCGAAAAGUCUCUGUUCGCGUCGGAAGAGAGAAGUGCCGUUUUUCUAUAGGGGGAGGGAGGGGGGGUGGGAGAGGGAAGGGAAGGAAAGCAAUCUUUCAAAUGGAUAUGUCCCUUUUGCUUUUUUUAUUCUUGUUUUGGAACAGACGUUUGCCAAAAAUGGCUGUUGCACAGGAACACGUUUCUGUUGGACUACACUUUAUAUUGUUUAUUUUGUGGAUUGUCGCAGGUUGUGGGACCGCCAGGCACGGGCAAGACAGAUGUCGCUGUACAGAUUAUCUCCAAUCUUUAUCACAAUUUUCCAGAACAGCGAACGCUGCUUGUGACCCAUUCUAACCAGGUAAGUUCGUCUAACUAUUACAAGCUGAUGAUAUAAAGGACAAGAAGCACUCGGUACCUGCUGAACCGUUAUAGGGGACUGAAUAAACUCGAUUAGUACAAUUUUCAUUUGUUAAAUGAUCCUGGCAGCUCUAACUCUCAGCUAUUGCUCUAACUCUUUUACUACAGGCGUUGAAUCAACUUUUUGAGAAGAUCAUGGCUUUGGACAUUGAAGAGCGUCACUUGCUUCGUCUCGGUCACGGGGAAGAAGCUCUAGAAACUGAGAAGGACUUCAGCAGGUGUGUGACUCAACUGCUUCGAGAUUGGGUCUUGAUGAACAAAUGUCUCACCAUUUCAAUCGAGCGAUCGUAGUUUCCUCUGCUCUUUGCAAGCUUGGCCGUUGAUUAGAUUCUUAUGUAACUCGUGCGCAAUUACUAACAAAAAACCGUGAACUGCCCGACAUCUCGGUGAGUUGUUUUUGUCUACUGAAAGUAAACCAGACAUGUCUAACGUCGGCCCCGUGACGUCACAGAGCCUAGUUAUAAAGGGUAUUGUUCCUAAUGCACAAUUCACUUAUGCCUCUAGGUACGGUCGGGUAAAUUUUGUUUUAGCCAGCAGACUGGAGCUCCUUAAGGAAGUGCAAAGGUUUCAGGUAAGCACUUUUCAAUAGAAUUGUCUUAAGAAUUGUCUCACUGGAAAAAAAAAACUCAAUGUCUCAUUUUCAUUUCUUAUCAACUCAAUAUUGUUUGAGUACAAAAUUCACAAAUUGGAAAGUAAGAAAAUAAACAAACCAAACAAACAAAAUCAUAACUGUUGCCUCGGCCAAUCUGAGUACCUGUUGCAAAAUAACGAAAUAACGGGGCAAAUUUGGAUUUUGUUUCCUUUUUUUUUUUUUCAGGAAAGUCUGGGUGUUCAUGGCGAUGUCUCUUACACAUGCGAGACUGCGGGGUAUUUUUACUUGUAUCAGGUAUUUCAUCCACUCUUCCUUUUCCUGUUUUUUUCUUGAUAAAGCACUGUUCUGGCCUGAUGGAAUUGAACUGUUUGCCUGUUUUGUUUGCAGGUCGUCUCACGUUGGGAGGAGUACAUGGCGAAGCUGAAGUCACGAGUACGUAACUAGUUACCCGUUUUACAUGGACGCUUGAAUAUUUGUUACAAGUGUAACAAUUACAAACUAUGUUUUUGCAGGCGGGGUGGUUAAGUGGUGAGGUCCGGGAUUUCAGCCGUGGCUGGGUCACUUUUUUGUGUUCUUUUUUAUGGUUAUUUUCUUUUAGAAGUAUUAAAACAGCUUGUCACUUCUCGUGAAAACUUGAAAUAGUUUCAGCAGUAAUGGCCCUCGAGGUUCAAUAUUCUUUAUUUUUUGUUUUUUCACUCGAAUCGUUAAAUGUUACCCAGUCUCGUUUUCGACUUGUUUCCUUUGCAAAAUUUUAGGCUAGCCUCGUAACAGUUUUACCUCGUUAUAGUGUGGUAUGGGAAAGAUUUAAAGGGGCUUGAACAUUAAUAAGAAACGGCUUACUUUUCAGAGAGGAGAAACUGCGGCGAUAUCUGAGUUCUUCCCUUUCACGAAAUUCUUUGAGAACGCACCACAGGUAACUUUAGUUUACUUCAUUAAUUGAUCAAUAUUGUUACUAUGAUUAUCACUAUUAUUGGUAAGAUUUUUACAAGGGUUUGAUGUAUCUGUUAGUUCUUUUGAAUAGCGCUAAGUCACUCUUAUCACCUAGUUUUAAUUUUCAAAUGAUUUUAUUCGAGAUGUUGUUGUUCUGUAGCCUAUUUUCAAGAUGAGUUCAUAUGAAGAAGACAUGGAAAUUGCAGAGGUAAAUUUGUUUUCUUUACGACUCGAGUAAAGCUAUUCUUUUGCUGAUUUGAGAGACUGGAUACAAAGAGAGAAAUACCAAAAAAAAAGAUUUAAACAAGACUCGCAUUUGCCUUAUAAUCUCAGUUCAUAAUUGCAACUUAUGAGCUGAGAUUAUAAUACCUAAACUCGCGAGUUCGUCUGCUUUAAAGAGCUCUUGACUACUUUUCGAAGUAGAUCGCGUUGGUUUUGUUGUUCCCCAAAAGUCAGUUGCAAGUCACUUGGGUUUUCCCGCGCGCUAUGCAGUUUUAAGUCCUCAUUGGUUCCUUGGGGGAUUUCCAUAUGCUUUGAUUGGCCGAUGUGAUUACUGUGAUUUUUGGUUUUACGAUACUCAUUGGCAAUGCACUUUGGGAUAACCUUUGGUAGCUUAUUCUGUGGGUUAACAGGUGUACGGAAGAAAACAACCGACGGCGCGUCAAGGAAAACGAGAGGUUUUGCACGUCUGUUCCCUUAUUGAACGCAGGGAACAGACAAGAGAUACAAAAUUUUCCGCGCGUCAAGGAAACCAAGAGGUUUUGCACGUCUGUUCCCUUAUUGAACGCAGGAAACAGACAAGAGAUACAAAAUUUUCCAAAUGAAGAAGGAAAUAUUCAGAAAAAUAGUGUUACAUGCUGGUGUAGUCUACUUCAUGCGCAAUUUUCUUCUGGUGUCAAUUACUGUUUGAUUCGAUUUUGUUUCAUUCAGGGCUGCUAUCGAUAUAUCAAGAAGAUAUUUCAGCAGUUAGAGGUUAGAUACAUUUAUUUUUACGCACUACAAUUUUUUUUCACGGAGCCACAUUGCCAUGUCUUUGAAACGUAGCCUUGUCGUAGCAGUUUCUCUGUAAUUGCGUACUUUUUCGGGUGAUACAUAUUUUAUCUUUCUUUGGAAAUAUUCUUAUAUAGGGAUAAUCUAAUAGCUUCUUGUAGUAUUGUAUUGAAAUUGCCCCGUUCGGCCUUCUCCCAUUUCCACCGUUGGUUUCCCCCCGUCUCUUUUCCCAUGAACCCAUGUUUUUGUGAUUUUUUUUUGUUGUUUGGUUCAUUGUUUGUUUUCCUUUUGUUGAUUUAUCCCAGAACAUUAGUUCUUUUCUAAUUCCUAUAAAAUCUUUGCUUUUGCUGAUGUAUCCCUCACACAGUUCGCUUGCCAUUGUGGGAUAGAAAACGUCUAGGCAUACUUAGGAAACUGAAUGCGAAUAGUUGUAUUUUAUCGCAGAAAACAUACUUUGACGAAUUUAUUUUUACAGGAAUUUAGAGCAUUUGAGCUUCUCAGAAGCGGUAAGAAGAUUUCACUCUUUUUCUUCCUUUUUGUGUGAGUACGUCAUAUGUUGUUCGCUUUUAAAUUUUGCGUUUUUUGACGGAUUUUAUCUGACAGGUCGCGAUCGAACAAACUACCUCCUAGUGAAAGAAGCUAAGAUCAUAGCCAUGACUUGUACCCAUGCCGCACUCAAGAGGAGAGACCUAGUGGAGCUUGGAUUUAAGGUGAGGAGAGUUUUACCAAGUUGCCGUAGCAUAGGGCUCACAGUUUAGGACUCUUUGAAGAGGAAUUUAUUUCUACAAAGAAUGUAAUUAAUGCUGUGUUUUGGAAGGUCUUAGCGGGUUUGAAUCUGAUGAGAAUUCAUUUGGUUUUAGAAGUUUGCUUAACCGUCGCUAAACGGUUGAGUUUAAAUGAAUCCUUUCUUCAUUCUGCUCUUGUUGAAUUUUAGUACGACAAUGUGCUCAUGGAGGAGUCCGCACAGAUCCUAGAGAUUGAGACGUUUAUUCCACUACUGCUUCAGGUGGGAAACUUGCUCUGUAUCACAAAUGCUAAAUACUGAGUUCGAUACAAACUAGUGAGGCCAACACUUGACAAGAAAACAUUUGAAGUCAUUUUUUUUGUGCUAAACUAUUCACAGUUUGAAGAAAACUACAAAAUAUUGGUUUUAAUUAAUACGGUAGAAAAGAUGACAAAAGAUUAAGUGGAGUAACCCUUUCAAUCCCAAGAUUUCGUUAGUAAUUCUCCUUACUGGUAUAGAAUUUUGAUGGUGUUGGCUCCAAGAAUUUGGCACUAAAUUAACUGAUAAACCUCUGAUUGAUGUUUUUCUGUAUUGUCAUCACUUUUCUUGACAUUGUAAGAAAUUGGUUACUCACGGAAAUUAAAGGGUUAAAACGGAUUGCAAACUGAAAAAUUUAGGCUCAGUUUCCAGAUGUAGAAACCAUGACAUGGGUUCUUCCGGUAACAGGACUGAAAAGUACUUGUUACUCAAAGGAAUUCAUGCACUGUCUUUUCCAGAGACGAUCUGUUGUAAUCGUGCACAGUUUCCCAUUGAGACCCGUAAUUAACCAGCAAAUAGUAACAGUUACGGUAAUAAAUAUCUAACUCACCUUCCGUCUUUGCUCUCACACGAUGAAUAGAAUCCAGAAGAUGGAUACAAUCGAAUGAAGAGGGUCAUUCUCAUCGGAGAUCAUCAUCAGGUAUCUUUGUUGUACGCCAGUUUUUCGCGUGGUAUUCGUCAUUAUAGUUAGUUAUUCAUUUUAGUUAGUUAUUUAUAGUUAUUCAUUUAUAUAUAUGUAUAUAUAUAUUUUUUUUAAAUUAUCAGCUUCCUCCAGUUAUAAAGAACAAGGCUUUUCAGAAGUUUUCCAACAUGGAGCAAUCUCUUUUCACGAGAUUUGUCAGACUUUGUGUUCCCACAGUUGAACUCGAUGCUCAAGGUCGUGCACGAUCCAGGUAUGAAUUAUUCAAACCUCGCCUGAUUUUAUCAUCAAACCCAGGGACCAGUCAAUGUUUAUCUCCGGGGGGGAGGGAGUGGAAAAUUUUUGGGAGAUCACAUGGUUUUUCGGGAACCGGAGGGGGAAUUAGUCUCCGCCAACGGAGUUUAAAGGACGGACGGACGGACCGACGGACCGUAGAAAAUUGACCGUCAAUUGAAGGGGGGGGGAGGUUGAUCAUAGGAAUAUCACAGAGCCUUUUGGGGGUCACGCAAAUUUUAUAGUAACGAGGUUUGGUUUCUCCAGAAUAAGUAAAAUUCUUAGCGGUGUCAUGCUUUGAAAAUUCGAUAAAACCUCAGAGAAAUGGGCGGUAAAGCUCGAAAGACUUAACCUUUUUAACAUGACUUUCUUUCAGCCUAUGUAGCCUGUACAACUGGAGGUACAACAAACUUGGUGAUCUUCCUCAUGUCCAUACGUGGCCUGAGUACUGUGUGGAGAAUCCUGGAUUUUUCUUUGAUUUUCAGCUGAUUGAUGUUCAGGAUUUCAACGGCGUUGGCGAAUCAGAACCCAAUCCUUACUUUUAUCAGGUAAGUACUUUGAAUUUUACUGGGCUUCAUGGCGAAGAUCUGAUAUCCCCCUCCUUUGGGGAUAACGGAGUGGUUCUAUUGUUUGUUUCCGGUGGCCAGCGUUUUUCUCCAAGCUUUUCCUUUAAUGUUCAAUUCAUGAAUCAUUUUACUUGUAACUGUGGGAGUCACACAAGUAUAAAUGAAAAUGUAAUGUUUCUCUUUCUUGACCACUUUAGAAUCUAGGUGAGGCCGAAUACGCUGUGGCCAUCUUUAUGUACAUGCGCCUCAUUGGGUACCCCGCUGACAAGAUCGCCAUUCUAACAACGUACAACGGACAGAAGCAUCUUAUCCGUGACGUUAUUAAGCAAAGAUGUGCAAACAACCCUCUGAUUGGACAACCGAGCAAGGUAAAGUGGAAGAAGGGUAGGGUUAUGUUUAAGCUGUGAUUGUCACUGGUACUGUCUUGGCUGAGGUCUGAGUCAGUUCUGCCUUUGGAUAGCACAUGUCUGUUUUGGUGUGUGUACCUUCAAUAAGGUUGUGAACUAGCCUCAUGCAGGAUUUCACACAAUCAUAUCAUAUGCCAAAGUAUGCAACUGAAUCCUCGGCAGCAACCUAGCAGUUAAUAAUGAGGGAUAACAAAACAACAAGAUGGUUGCGGGAAAACACGUUCCUGACGCUAAGAGUCACUUAGGGCGGGAAAUAAAAGUGGUGCUUGAAGCGGGAAUGAUUAGAAUUUUUCAAGUGCGGGAGAGCUUGUUCUUGGAGCAAAGGGCGGGAAAACAUGUAACUGGUGCUCAGCGCUACCGAUCGUGGGAAAUAUACAUUGUGCUAGACGCUGGAGAGAUGUGAGUGGUGCAAAACGCAGUAGUCAUGAGAUAUGUGCCAAUGGCGAGAAAAACUUGUCAAUGACUCUGAGCGCGGGAGAAUAUUCUAUUGAUGCCGUGUGACUGAAACAUAUCUAAGCUCAGUGUGUUAACAAUGGACCUUAAAACGAUUUCGUUAGCGGGAAAAAAUUUUGGCGAGAAAUUCCCAUUCAAAUAAUAAUUUAAAAAGAAAUACACAAUUUGAAUGAAAGUAGUAAUUUUAUUUCCAGUAACUCUUUUGUCCUCUCUUUUAUUACUUGUGCAGGUCACUACUGUGGAUCGUUACCAGGGGCAACAGAACGAUUACAUCAUCUUGUCUCUCGUCCGCACCAAGACUGUGGGUCACAUCCGGGAUGUGCGCCGUCUUGUAGUGGCUAUGUCACGUGCCAGGUUAGGUCUUUAUGUCCUAGCACGUGUCAGCCUCUUCCAGAACUGCUUUGAGCUCAGACCUGCCUUCUCUCAGGUGAGUAGAACUUCUCAUAUUCUGAGUAUACAAGGUACAACUGGUUCGUUCGCAACGCUUGCGUUAGGUCUUUUCAGAGUAGCGUUACGCGCGAAUAAAGCGUCACGCCGUUUUGCGUUAUGCCUAACCCAAAUUUGGUCAUAAUUUGGCGUUUGCGUGACUAUUCAUGAGGCUAUCAUCCAUUGGUAAAACGUUGAAAGGUAACAUGACAUCUACAUUGUUCUCUUCUCCAUAGUUGACCAGCCGACCGCUGAAGCUCUCCUUAGCACCUAGUGAAAGAUAUCCCCCGUCCAGACCGGUAAGUCGACUGACAGAUUUCCAAAUUAUGUCGCAAUGCAUGGAGCAUUUUGGUCUGGGCAUAUUUUGCUCCUUCCCAUCCUUGUAAGGAGGAACACUUUCAGGAAUUGAACGUAUGCCUGUUAUCCAAUAUUGAAAAGGGGAGAUGAGAUUGUCACAAAGGCGUUGCAUCACAAUUUUAUGGUUCGUGACUUUUCCAAUAAAAUUUGGUCCAUGGUUGAAGGUUUUAAACAAUCAAUCAAAAAAGUUAAUUUUGAUGGUGGUUUUUCUCAAUUUAUUUUGCGCCUUUCACCUUUUAUUCACGAAAUGCACUCGCUGUUUUACCCCUUUUUUUUUCCCUCAUUAAAUAAAGCGUGGAGUUCCUCCAGCUGAGCGACCGUUUAUCGUCGAGGACAUGCCUCAGAUGCACCGCUUCGUAUAUGACUUCUACAGUCAGUAUGUGGAAUCGUUAAGAGCACAGAGAGAGGUUAGUUUGUUAUCAUAUCUUAUGUUUUAUCAGAGAUGCCGAUCCAUUUUCUUUAAUUUGCCCGUCAACCGAUGCUUUUGGAAUUGAAAACUGGACAGUGGACACUGCCAAAGCCCCAUCUUUGUGAAUUGCAACGUAAGCUAGCGGGGCAAUCAGCCUAAUAUAAUGUUACUAGAGCAAAGCAUAAUGGUCGUGGAACCGAUUCUGAGCACGGGAAAGCACUCAGCACUUGCAGCCAGGAGCUAGCAGCAUCAAGUGCGAAAAGAUUUAUAAGCGUGGGGGACGAAUUUCUUUAAGCUCUUCCAAUAUUGUGUUGAAGUUAUAGAUUUCUUACCUAUUUAUCUUUUAGUACAUGGCUAACAUUCCACAGCCGCCAGAGGAAGACAAAGAAGACGAAGAGCCGGCUGAGCAAGGCGACGAGAAAGACGAAAACGGGACUGGAAAUGUGAACGAAAUAAACGAAGAGGCAGGAUCGCCGAUUGUGAAUGAAGUGGAACAAAUGGAAGAAGAAGCUAAUUAACGAAUUUUGCAGAACUCUAAAAUGAUAACUGGAGAAUUUGAUUUGAGGGUGAUCAAAAAUUCCGCUCUAUUCGAGUAUUUUGUUGUUGUUUGUUAGAAACAAACAACAACAAGUAUAACAUGCGCCAAUAAAAAAAAACAUAUUCUUGGUAAGCUAUCAGACCCCCAUGCGAAAAUGUUUUGUAUCGAGAGACUUAAAGCGCCAGCACUGCCUUGGCGAUGAAUUGUGCGUCAUUCCUUGUCGCCUACUUUUCUGUUACUAUGUAUGAACUCAGUUUUGUAUGUGUAGAACUAAAGUAAAACCUCACUUUCGUGGUAAAUAUGUGGG